ACGAAAAAUGACAACAAAAAGAAAGACUCACGACGAAAUUCCACACCGAAAGAAAAACUCGACACCGAAAGCGACGAAAUUCCACCGAAACGACUAAAUUCCACACCAAAAGAAAAACGUGAUACUGAAAGUGACGAAAUAAAGACAGCACUGAAAGUGACGAAAUUCCUCAACGAAGUGACGAAAAAAUUAUCACCAAAGAAAGAAGCGACGAAAAUACAUAGACUGAAAAGGCCAAAUCCCAUUAUCUAA